CGGGGUGGGUGUUGCGGCGACGUCGGGCUGGAAACGCGUCAAAACCUAUGGUGGUCGGCCAGGCCGCUCGAUCUCGUCAUCCCGUCAACAACACCCCUCCACGUAUUAACAUACAUGCGCUGAGCUGUUAAACACAGAACGCCGCGCCAGGCGGUGGCUUCCCGCCAUGCACGACAGCUCUCCCUUCGACAGUCCGACCUUUGGCCGCGAUGCCUCUAUCCGCGUCGACGAGCCCGUCGGCUCCGCCUCCAUUUCCCCCAGCAGCCGCGACGUCGUCCUGGCCUCGCGCGAAGGCCUGCAUAUCAUUGAUCUUGACAACCCCUACUCGCCGCCUCGCCACCUCGCCCACCGUACCCUGUGGGAGGUUGCCGACGUCCAGUGGUCGCCGUUUGCCUGUCGCGACGGCCUGGUUGCCAGCACGUCGAAUCAGAAGGCCCUGAUCUGGGACCUGCACCAUGCUACACAACCGCCCCUCACCCUCCACGCCCACUCGCGUGCCAUCACCGACGUCAACCUCUCCGCCCACCACCCUGACAUUCUCGCCACCUGCUCUGUCGACACAUUCGUGCACAAGUGGGAUUUGCGCGCCUCGGAUCGCCCUGUCUUCUCGUACGCUCAAUGGGACGGUGGUGCCGCGCAGGUCAAAUGGAACCGCCAGGACCCGCACAUUCUGGCCUCGGCGCACGACAAACUGCUGUGCAUUUGGGAUGAACGAAAAGGCGUGAAACCUCUGCGCACCAUUGAGGCGCACAAGAGCAAGAUCUAUGGUGUAGACUGGAACCGCACCCGUGCGGGCGGAAUUUUGACCUGCUCGCUCGACGGGUCGAUUAAGUUCUGGGACUACACCAAAGAUGAGGAUGAUAUGCUAGACCGUGUCAUCCGAACGCCGUUUGGCGUCUGGCGAGCCAGGCAUACGCCGUUCGGAUGGGGUGCGCUUGCGAUGCCUCAGCGUGGAGAUUUUGAUUUGCAUUUGUACGACCGGCGCCUAAGCGACGGCGUGAAGAGAGAUGCCAAGGUUGAUCCUGUCCACUCGUUCAAGGCCCACAAUGACCAGGUCAAAGAGUUUCUUUGGAGAACACGUGGAAAUAUCAGUGACGGCAUUGAUAACCGCGAAUUCCAACUCGUGUCGUGGGGCGCUGAUCGAAUGUUGAAUUUGUAUCGCGUGGACUCAACUAUGCUUCGCUCGGUGGGUUACGAGAAAGGGAAGGAGGUUCGCAAACGACUCAUGUCCACGCGUCAAGGCACGCAGUAUAAGACGUUCCACGAUGACAACCCUGCCCAUACUUCAGCGCAAGCAUCGACGAUUGGGGAUCAGUAUAAUACAUUUGCUCCGCCGAGCCAACUGAGCGCUCUCUUUCAGUCAGCGGGCAUGAGGAAACCCGCUCCUCAAUAUGCUCAAGGCGGCUUCCAAGGCCCCAGCGGAAGCUCGAAGAGAGGCCGCCUACUAACCACAAUGCAGGCGCGCACCCGCGAAAAGAAGAAUGUAGAUAAGCUUACCUGGAUGCAGGGCGUUAGAAUUGGUGGGACCAAGGGUCCUUUCGAUAGAACUGGUUCCAGGCCUGAUGUUUUCUCGCCAGAUCAACAGCUUCUGUGGGAUUCACCGGAUCAACUGGGCGAAGAAAUCAAGUACGUCGGUAAUAAAUUUAAAAAGGUCAAGUUUGAGGAAAUCGAGAUACCGCAACGCACUGCAACCGUUACGCUCCAUGGACCUUGGGCCGAGAAUAAUGAGCCUGUUUUUAUGAGAAUUAGCAUCCGCUUCCCUCCGGAUUAUCCUAUUGCUUCGACACCUCAUUGUAAAAUUGAAAAGACCACCUCCUCCAUCUCCACCGCAACCGUUUCGAAACUUGACAGCGAGAUAAAAUCUCUGGCGGAGUUUUACAAGACGCGCAAACGAGGCUCAUUGGAUGCAAUCAUCAGCUAUCUCCUAGGUGAACGCGGGCUUGAUGAAAGCAUCAGCCUACUUUCUGAUGGUGGCGCCGAUAGCGUUGCUCGCGAAGAAGAAAGCUCUAGCGAUGAGGAGGAUGAAGUUGGCCCUAGUUUUGGAGGCACACCCGCCAUGGAGAUGAGCGGCACGGAUAUCAUGGGCCCCGUCACUGCUAACGCCAACGUGCCACUUCCAAAAAGAUGCGGUGCUCUUUGGACAAGAGACGGGCGCCUCAUUACCUUUUUCCCGCCAAAGCCAGAGCCGAAGCCUAUGUUUUCUCACCUUGCCGCUCUCAGCAACGACAACCGUACGUACAAGAGCAAGAGAAUUUUCGAAGUUCUGAGCCGUUUGAACACCGAAUCUCCGGAGCCAGUGCGUAAGAAUUCGUCGACUAUGGGCCAUCAAGACGAUGCUGAUUCCCAGGGAUCCUGGGAGACUUCAUCGAGUUCUUCGUCAGACUCGCCGGUGAUGGGCGGAUUAUCAGCCAUCGCACCGCCCGUAGCAUGGCGUGGCGGACCGCUGAGAUUCCAGCGCUCAUCACAACAUUCGGGUAGUGUCAGCUAUGAUUCCAAGCCGGCUGCUCCCAAACCGAAAUCAAUCAUCAGUGUCUACGACUUUUCAUACUUGCUUCCAGCCAAAAGAGAGCUUGCUGAGGAGUACGAAGUUUUUGGAGAGGGACCAGAGGUCAGCGCACACAAUGCCAGAGUUGCUUCGGACCACGGCUACAAGGAUCUUGCGGAUGUUUGGAACCUCGUUGGUCUUAUCCUGGCCGACCAGGUGCCUCUGGAGAUCAUGCAGCAGGGUUACAGGCGAGAGCCUAUCCUGACCGUUGCUCGCCGUUCCGUUGUGCGUAUCAAGAAAAAAGACAGCGGGUUGGAUCUGGGCUUUGACGAGCCAGAGGCUGUCGCGAGGCCAAAGCUCAAGGGCCGGGUGAAAUGGGGGGAGCACCCUUUUGCAAAACAGCUGAUUCCUCGGUUGUUUGAGCAUUUCGAAAAACUUGCAGACACUCAGAUGCUUGCUAUGCUUGCUUGCAUGUUUCAUGAACCAGCUGCUAAUGAGGGUGUUACAAAUGCCAUGACAAUGCGUCUCCCGCACCCCGACUUGCAUCUCUCAAUGAGGACACCUGCGUUUUCUCUUGAUUACUAUCCGUCUCGCGAGGUUGCAGCAAGCCUGUUCCAACCGUCUAUAGCUAUCCCAUCACGAUCUGAGUCUAUCUACUCUCGUUAUCCAGGAGGCUCGGACAGUAAUCUCCCCAAAAUCGACAAGCGCCUCAAUACCUUCGGCUCCGCAGGGUCAUCCAACGGGCCGUGGAGCGGCGACGUGAUGCCUAGCGGUCCAACAACACCAUACUCAACUGGCACCACUCCUCCACCAACAUUUUCUCGCACCAACACGUACCGAUCGUUUUCUAGCGCGCAGCCCAGCUUGGCGUCUUCGCCAGAACGCAGCAAGCGCAGUACCACGAACCUUUCCACCGCCUGGACCUCGUUCUCACGUCCUUUCACCACUGGCGUCUCCUCUUCGCCACCUGUGCCCAACCCACAGCGGAACUACGAUGGCGAUUUGAGCACCUCGGCACCGACCAAUAGCGUGACGUGGGGUCCGAACGUUGUGUACCACAACGAGCCGACGACACUGCAACGCAGCAGCUCGCACAAGCGCAGCAAAACACAGGUCAACACGUCUUUCAACUCGAGCGUGAGCGCUGGCGCCGCAGACAAUGACGAUGACGAUGAAAGAUGGCCAGACGACGAAUCGGCCUUCCCCUCCGUCGACGACGACCGCACCGUCAGCUUCACCAGCAGCUCGGACCGCACCGCGGGCGCGAGCAUCCGCGUCACGCUGAAGAACCAGGACCAGUUCGACGAUGACGGCCACUUGAGCGUGCCGCUGCUCGAGCAGGACAAGGGCUGGUUGUACGACGCUUAUCGCGCAUCGUAUGCCGGGAACGAGCUGUACAUGUGGGGUUUGCAGGUCCGGCGGAGCGAAGUGCUGAAGUUCAACGGCCUGACGAGCUACUGGGUCAAGAACCAGAUGAGCGAGAACGCAGAGGACGAGCUCUCAGUUGGCCGAAGCAAGGAGGCUGCGAAUGGGCAAAAGGUCCUCAUGCCCGACGACGACGUCCUCUCUCUCGUUCCCCUCACCACUAAACCCGUCUCUACUCCCUCCACCGGAGCGCACAUCCACUCGAACCACUCCACCAAACCACCCUCCCUCUACCGCUCGACCACGCCCUCGACGACACGGCCCUCGUCCACCCGCUCCGCGACGCCGGCGCUCGAGCGCCCCGAAUGGGACUGGAGCGCGCCACUGGCGAACGCGGCGCUGGACCGGGUAGUGGGCGCAGCAGGCGGGGCGCGGUUCAGCAUCGAUGUGGGAAGCGCGCGGCUGGGCGGGGGAAGACUGGGGGCGUUGGGCGCGUUUGGGGCGCUCGGAGGUGGGUUUGGAAAUGGUGGUGCGAAGGAGGUGGAUGAUGUUGAUGGUGAAGAGGAGGGGCUGUGUGAGAGUGCGUUUUUGGCGCAGCGCAGACGGGUCUGCAUGGUUUGCUGGUUGCAGCUUGAUGGGCUUUAUCGCACUUGUGCGGAUUGUGGGCAUGCGGUCCAUGCGGAGUGUGGGGUGGGGUGUUAUUGUGGGGAGGAGGAGUGGGGGGCUUGGUGGUAGUGGGAAGGGGGAAGAGAAGGGGAGAAGAAAAAGGAGCGUAGGUGCUGCUGUUAUACCUAGGUGUAAAAAUAGAUACCCAAUUUGCUUUGCUUUUUCGCUUGUUUUGUUCUAUGGUACUGUACAUAAAUACCUCUCGGCUUCUUUUCUACUGUUUCCUCAUCUUCUAAACAACGGCAUUGAAGAUGGUCAAUAUACUCCCUACUUUAGCAUCGAG